UACAAAUAGCGCUCGGCACCACCACGGUGGAUUUCCCCCUCCUAUCGCUCUCGCACUCGCCUUUUUCAGCCCUUUUUCUCCUGCACUGCGCUGCACUUUUUCUGCCCGUGCCCAUGGCGCCUUCUGCAUCAUGCGGCGGCGGACGUGGUCGCUCUCCUCUGCUGGGCUGCCUCCUCGUCGUCGUCUCGCUGCUCUGCCUCCGCGCCAUGGUAUGCCGCGCGCAGGAGCCGGGGCAGCUGCAGCCGCUGGAGGUGGCGACCUACAACUACACGUCGUUCCAGGAGGGCAACUCCAAGGAGCAACGGGAGCUAGCGUUCAGCAGGGAGGCUCGCAUCUACAAGGGCGCGAUCCAGGUCUCCCCGGACACUGCCAACGUCGGCAGCUACCAGGACAUCAUGGUCAACAAGUCCGGCUCCGUGCUCCUCCAGCGCCGCUUCACCAUGUGGUCCCACGUCGACGUCGACGGCGGCGGCGGCGGCAAUGGCAGUGCUACCUCGCGCGUCCAGGUCGUGUCGUUCAACAGCACCUUCUCCAUCAACGUGUUCCACCUCCCGGACUCGUCGCCGCGGCCCGGCGAGGGGCUCACCUUCGUCGUCGCGCCGUCUCGCGACGAGCCUCCCCCGGGCAGCUACGGCGGCUACCUCGGCCUCACCAACGCCACGCUGGAAUCCAGCCCGGCGGCGAGGGCGAGGAACCGCUUCGUGGCCGUCGAGUUCGACACCACCAAGCAGGACUACGACCCCAGCGACAACCACGUCGGCCUCAACGUCGGCUCCGUCGUGUCCGUCAAGACGGCGAACCUGACGGCCUUCCGCAUCGCCACCAACAGCAGCAGCCCCAAGAACUACACGGCCUGGGUCGAGUACGACGGCGAGGCGCGGCACGUGUCGGUCUACAUCGGCGUCAGGGGCGAGCCGAAGCCGGCGUCCCCGGUGCUGGACUCGCCGCUGGACCUCAGCGAGCACGUCCCGGAGCAGGCCUACGUCGGCUUCACGGCGUCCACCGGCACCGACUUCGAGCUCAACUGCAUCCUCGACUGGACGCUGUCGAUCGAGGUCAUCCCGGAGAAGAAGAGCACGACGUGGGUCGUCAUCGUCGCCGUCGUAGUGCCGGUCACCGUCGUCGCGGUCGGCGUCGCCGCCUUCUUCCUCGCCAGGAAGCUCCGGGCCAGGCGGUCCAUGGAGAGGCGGCAGGAGCGGCUGGAGCAGCAGCUCAGCAACCUCCCCGGGAUGCCCAGGGGCUUCGCGUACGACAAGCUCAAGAAGGCCACCAGGAACUUCGACGAGCGGCUCCGGCUGGGGAAAGGCGGGUACGGCAUGGUGUACAAAGGCGUGCUCCCCGCCGACGAGGCCCGGCCGGAGGCGAUGGACGUGGCGGUGAAGCGGUUCAUCCGGGACGACGGCAAGGACGUCACCGACUUCCUCCAGGAGGUCGACAUCAUCAACCGGCUGCGCCACAAGAACAUCGUCCCGCUCAUUGGUUGGUGCUACAAGAAAGGGCAGCUGCUGCUGGUGUACGAGUUCAUGCCCAACGGCAGCCUGGACCAGCACCUGUUCCGGCGCGGCGUCCACGAGCAGCGGUGGCCCGUGCUGAGCUGGGCGAGGCGGUACGCCAUCGUGGGCGACGUCGCGGCGGGGCUCCACUACGUGCACCACGAGUACACCCGCAUGGUGCUCCACCGCGACGUCAAGGCCAGCAACGUGCUGCUGGACGCGUCCUUCCGCGCGCGGCUGGGCGACUUCGGCCUGGCGCGCGUGCUCGACGACGACCGCGAGGCCUUCACCGACCUCCACGUCGCCGGCACGCGCGGGUUCAUCGCGCCCGAGUACUCCGUCGGCCACAAGGCGUCGCGGGAGACGGACGUGUUCGCGUUCGGCGCGCUCGUGCUGGAGGUGGUCACGGGGCAGCUCGCGCUGCGCGCCGGCGACACCCGGUGCCCGCUGCUGUCGGACUGGGUGUGGCAGAUGCACGGCCGCGGCGCGCUGCUCGGCGCCGUGGACCAGAGCCUCGACGCCGACGAGUUCGACCACGACGAGGCCGGACGCCUGCUGCUGCUCGCGCUGGCGUGCAGCAGUCCCAACCCGGGCGACCGGCCCACCAUGCCGCAGGUGCUGCAGGUGCUCUCCAAGGCCGCGCCGCCGCCUGAGGUGCCGCCGUUCAAACCGCAGUUCGUUUGGCCACCGGAGGGAGGAGCGCAAUUCCAGCUGAGCGACAUCGAGGUGACCACGAGCGGCACCGGCGGCACCAGCACUGGCGGCGAUGGCGUGUUGACACGGGCCACGCAGAGCAUGAGCACCUCUUAUGACAGCUUCCAGCCGCAAACCGCGCCGAACAGCAGCGACGGUUACUUCCCCGCCCUCUCCUCCGGCCGUUGAUGCAUGAUUACAGUAGCUUCGAAGAACUUUUACAUGUGAAAUGUAAAUAUAUAUUCAUGUAGAUAUCGAAUUCGUUAAGAAGUUUAGUUCGUGCAUUAGGGCAUAAUACAGCCGCACCUGCACUUGAAGUUUUAAUUAGGAGACCUGCAUCUGUUGUUUCAGUGAAGCAGGACAGGGUGUGUUUUGGCUAGUCAGAAUUUUUAGUUUUGUACAGCCAGAUCUUAAAAUUGAUUUUUUUUUAACGAAAAUCUUCAGAUUGAUUCAAUUGAAA